CCUUCCAUCUCUCUUCCUCUUUCCCUUUCAUCCCGGACGCCCCCUCCGCACCGACGCCUUCCGGGCCACGGCGCUACAGGAUCGCUCCUCUCUCUCUUUCUCCCUCUCUGGUUCCCAAACCAGAACCAUUUUUCCUUUAUUUUUUUUCAUUUUCUCCCUCCAUCUCUCUUCCUCUUUUCCCUUCUCUACGGUGGUGGUCCACGCCGACGCCUUCCGGGCUGCAGCGCUACUCGAUCCCGGACGCGCCGACGCCUUCCGCGCCGACGCCUUCCAGGCAGCGCGCUAUACGAUCGCUCCCGGCCGUGGUGCGCUCCCUCGGCCCUGUGAGGAUCGAUCCCGAGCAACGAUCUGAGGAUAUUGUUCUCCAACUGCGCAACCAAGGGGUUAAUUAAAUGAGGGAAUAUGGCUCUACAAUUGGUUCUUCUGUUUCUCUGUGCAAUAUUGAUGUUGAAAAUGAGGUAGAUGAGGAAUUGGAACAAAUUGCUACUGCUGAACAAAUAUGUAUGAGCACACAACCUAUUGAAGAGCCACGUGUUGGUUUGGAAUUCAACUCUAUAGAAGAUGGUAAAAAGUUCUACAAUGACUAUGCUUUUAAAAUGGGGUUUAGUAUAAGAAAAACAUACCAUUAUAAGUCAAAGAAACAUGAUGAUGCCAUCACAUCUGUAACCUAUUGUUGCGCCAAAGCAGGUCUUUCUAAAUCCCAAACUCACGAGAAAGGUCAUUGCCAAAAUUCAGAAGGUAGCAAUACACCUAAAAAGCAAUUUUCUAAUCGACGAAGUGGUUGUAAAGCGCAUAUUGUAUUGAGGAUAGAUGAUCGAGGAAAAUGGAUGAUUACGGUGGUGGCGAACGAACAUAAUCAUGAAUUAAUCAUUAGUCCUUCUAAAAGUCGAUUUUUUCGAUCGCAUCGUGCUAUUACAGAGGAGCAAAAAGAAUUAAUUCAUAUGAUGAAUGAACAGAAUAUUUCUACUUCACAAAUUAUGGCCUUUAUGCAAGCAAGGGAGGGAGGAAGACAUAAUAUUCACUUCACUCGCAAAGAUUUAAGUAAUAAAGUUGCUGAGAAAAAUAGAAACCUUAUUGGAAUAGAUGUAGCAAGUGCGCUUAAUUAUUUUCGUGAGCUUCAAUCUAAAGAUCCGUUAUUCUUCUAUGCUAUUGAUGUUGAUGACCAACAGCGGGCUCGGAACAUAUUUUGGGUAGAUGGAAGAUCAAGAUUAGCAUAUGAGCAUUUUGGCGAUGUUGUCACUUUCGAUACAACUUAUAUGACGAAUAAAUAUAGUAUGCCAUUUGCUCCUUUUAUAGGGGUUAAUCAUCAUUUGCAGUCUAUAUUUUUCGGGUGUGCUCUCAUUAGAGAUGAGACUGCUAAUACAUUUGCUUGGUUGUUUGAAACAUGGAUUAAAGCCAUGUAUGGUAGACACCCAAAAGCUAUUAUUACUGAUCAAGAUCCUGCUAUGAAAAAGGCCAUUGAGGAAGUCUUUCCAACCACUGUUCAUAGGUGUUGUCAGUGGCAUGUGAUGAGAAAAGCAAAGGAGCAUUUUGGUGUGCUUUAUAACACUAAGGAUGGCUUUGAAAAUGAUUUGAAAGAAUGCAUAAAUUGUAGUUUAAGCAUUGAGGAGUUUGAGGAUGCGUGGAUAACAAUGCUUGAUAAAUAUGAAUUGCAUGAAAAUAACCAUCUUCGGUUGCUAUGGAAUAUUCGACAUCAAUGGAUUCCUGCAUAUUUUCGAGAUACUUUCUUUGCCAAUAUGUCUACGUCACAACGUAGUGAAAGUAUGAAUGCCGUUGCAAAAAUAUGGUUAGAUGCACAUACAUCAAUAUUCAAGUUUGUCAUGCAAUUUGAGAAAAUGACACAUAAUCAAUAUGAGAGAGAGGAUUUAGAGGAUUUUAUGACAAAGGAUAGAGAGCCCAGUUUAUGGUCAGAUGAUCCAAUUGAGAAAGAUGCACGCCGCAUAUACACAAGAAAUAUUUUUUCAGAAUUUAAGACUCAAUUAAGAGCGACGACGGGUUAUAAGUUGAUUGAGUUGAAAAAAGAUUCACUAUAUAAGAUCAGCUCUAUAUCACACUCGUCCACUUCAAGACAAUGGAUGUGCACAUAUAUAGUGACUGUUGUAAGGCCCGAAAAUAUGGUAUCCUGCACUUGUAAAUUGUUUGAAUUUUAUGGCCUCUUAUGUGCUCAUGCGCUUAAAGUAAUGCAUUAUAUUGAGAUUUAUAACAUCCCACCUCAUUAUAUAUUAAAUAGGUGGACUAAGAAUGCAAAAAAGAGAAUACCAAGCAAUAGUACAGAAAUGAGUGAUGGUUCCUCGUUUUGUAGAUCUCGAAGGUUUGAUUCCCUUACAUUAGAAAUGCAAAAAUUUAUCUUUGAAGGUUCAAAAAAUCUUAAGGCACAUGAAACUGCAUGUCAGAUAAUUAGAGAAGGAAUUGAUACACUAACAUCAAUUAAUCAAAUGUUUGAAAGUGAGGAAGCGACAAUCAAGGAGCCUUCAAUUAGUCUUCACAGAAUCGUAAUUUCACAAUCAAGCCAAGUAAAUAUGCUUGCAUCAGAAUGCACGAUUAAAGAUCCUCCUCAAUCACAAUGUAAAGGAAAGAGAAAACCACAAAGGUUUAAGCCUUCCAUUGAAAAAAAGAUUAGGGUGCCAAGAACUUGCAAGCAAUGUGGUAAAAAAGGACACAACAUUAGGACUUGUAAGGAGAUUGUUGAUGAAGUGCCAUCUAACGAUCCAAGUUUUAGCGAGAGGCUUGAAGAAACCGAUGACGAAGAGACUUAAAAGCAAGAACAAAUCAGUGUUGUACCUUUGCAGAUUGUUGUGCCAAAGUUUUUGGAGAUUGUUGUGCUAAAUCAGUGUUGUACCUGACUUUACUUUGCAGAUUGUUGUGCACACAACUUAUUUGCAGAUUGUUGAACAUUAUUGUGCUUAUUGUUUUGGAUAUGUAUAACAAUUCUAGAUCACCGUUUUCUUUGCUUUCAUUUUGUUAUUUCGAGGUCCGUUUUUUGUUCUGAAUCAUUGAAGCUCAUCUCCUC